AUGACCCAAGAAGAAGCCCUGUUGAUAGACUUCGCUCUCCUACAAAGACAAGAAGAAAUAGUUAAAUCAGGGAAACUCUUGUUUAAAUUUGGAAAAAUCGUUUGGGUAGACAUGACAGCUUUCUAUUCCAUGAGGGAAGGGACAUGGAUAGAAAACAGCAUCAUAGAUGCUUGGGCUGUCAUCCUAAACAAAGAAGAAGCUAAGAGUGACUCCCCAAGACGGAUAUUCUUUGGUGUUUCAUCAUUUGGCAGUAACAAAGAGGAAAUCGAGUUCACAUUCUAUGAGAGGUUGGGUCUUGAACUAGAAGAACAAGGCCUCACUGUAGCAUCCAUGUUAGCUGCAAAAGCUUUUCGGUUCUUCCAAAGCUACGUUGCAUGCGUGUUUCCACGCAUAGAACUGGUCAGUGCUCAGUACACCUUCACAGAGGUUACGCUACCAUCGCAUAAGGAGAAAACGCUGAAUGCGGAAGAUUGUGGAAUAUACACAAUGCACCACAUGUAUCGGUAUGAUGGUCAUGAGUACGAGGAUGGUACUACUUUGGAUUUCAACACAGGAAACAUCAAAGAGUACCAAUGGAAAUACAUGAUAAAAAUCCUUAUGCACCCAGCCAACAAAAAUAAGGACAAAAUCCUCGAAGCAAUGCACCAGUUCUAUACAAAUACUACUAAAGAAGAACAAAAAGAAAUUCCAGAUCAUGUUGAUUUGAGCAGCAAAUCUUACUACAAUGACAGAAAAAGUAAGAGAUGUGUUAAAUGA